UUUAUGAACGGUGCGCAUUGCGUCUUAAGGAUCCCGUUCGGAGGAACUUGUGUGCACAGCAUAAUACGUGAUGCUACGUGUCUAAGGAGGAAGAAAGAUGGAAAAGGAACAAAUUUGCCAAUCCUAUUUCAAUGUAAGAUACACAUAGAAAAAUCAGCCAAUGACAUAUAUUAAAAGAUAUCAUGUGUGUUUGAAAAUCUACUUGCCAUUCUAGGUGCGAUUGGUUUUCGUUUCAUCAGUUUUCAAACAGACUGUGUGAUUGAGUAUGAUCUGAAAAAAUAAGGAUUCUGAUUAGAAACUAUGUUACAAAUAUUUUAAUAAUGCAUUUUCUCCUCUUUGAGGCAUUAUUAAUUAAACAAUUAUGGAUGCGCUGGAUGUCAUUUAUCUAAUUUCCUCGAAAAAUAAUGUUUUUAUAUGGAAUGCAAAUGACUGGUUGAAACUUCGACAAAAUCAUAGAAUAAUCGGCGAACUAGUGGGUUCUUUUCCAAAAUCAACUAGACAAGAUGUAUUCUCAGGUCUUCCGUUACUUCUAUUACAAGAAGAAGUAACUCUUUUACUCGAGAAAAAAAUUGCUUGUCUCAUACAAUGCUCAAAUCUAGAAAAACCACCAACUGAAUCUUUGAAUGAAAAAUUUCAAGAAUACAGGAAUAUGCUAUUUCUACAGCAAGCAGAAUGUUUGAGAGAAAACAGAAAGAAACAGAUUACUUCUGUGAUGGAUAAAAUUGUCGAAGGAAAAAAGCGCAAAAUACUGGGGUUACAUACAAGUAAAAAAAAUAUGAAGAAGCCAUUAGAUAAAAAGACUCGGGAAGCUUUAGAUAAAAUUGAAAUUAAUACUCAAAAUUUGCUCGAGGAAGAAUUGGCUAAAUUACCUAAAUUAAAUAAAACUGAAGUUCUUGUUCAAACACACACAGCAUAUCCAUGGUUUAAUAAAGGUGAUAUAAAAGUAAUGGAAUGGAAAUAUCCACUUACUUCCAGUCAACGACAUAAAUAUAAAGUAUAUAAAGAUCUUUGGGAAAGAAAAUAUUACAUUACUAGUGGAGAAAAAUUUGGUGGUGACUUUUUAGUAUAUCCAGGUGAUCCAAUAAUGUUUCAUUCACAAUUUAUAAUACAAUGCAAAUGCAAGGAUGAAGAAAUGUCUAUUACAGAACUUGUGGGUCAAUGUAGAAUCAGUUGCCAUGUUAGAAAGACAUUAGUGUUUGCUACAUAUUAUGAAGAAGAAGAUAGAGUAAAAUAUCAAUCCUUCCAGUGGGCGGAAAAUAACAUAAUUGAAAAUAGUUAAUAUUGAUCUAAUUUCAAAGCAUAUUUAUAUUCAUAUUUUUAAUUUAAUCAACCUUUUUAAAGUGGUUAUUCUUCACGGAUAUUUCUGCAUUUUGAUUUUACAUCUCAUAAUUUUAAUUAUCGAAAAAAUUAAUUUCAAUUCUAAUUUGGGAUCUUUUAGAAAUUUUUCUUUUUAUUAUAUGUGUAAUAAAUUGUUAGAUAAGAAUAACCUCGAAGCUAAAUAUCUGAAUAUCUAGCCAGUAACAUGUGUACUAAAUGUUUAGAUUUUAAAAUAAAGAAUUUU